AUGUUCGAUCGGAAUCGAUCGCAUGCGAGGGGGAGCGUGGAGGCGAAUCGGACGAACUCUGUUUCGCAAUCUGUCAGUGGAUCCGGGUCCGGGUCACCAGCAGUAAACAAAAGCCGAAGUUCGUCGAGUCUUAGCUUCUUUGCAGGCGGUGGUGGGUUGAGUCGAACGCUCAGCACACCGCCGAUCGCGGAAUCGACACAUAUAGGCAAUUUUAGCGCGUUCUUGAAUGGAACCAGCCACGGCAGUGGCCAAUACAAACGGAAGCCUACCUCGCCGUUGCAGAACAAUCGUACGCUGUUCAAGAGCAGCGGGAACCUGUCCGGAUAUGGUCGAAUAAACUCGCAAGUGCUUACGGACGCGCGGAGUCCCGGCUUGGUGAACCGGAUAGUUCGGUACCACGAUCGUGGCCAACAGCAAACCCUGAAUCGUUCGCAGUCCUUAUCGAGCGUGUACAACAAGCCGGGCCAGUUUCCGGUGGUGCAUCUGCGAAAGCAGGAACUGCGUUACACCGGCAACAACACGCUCCAGCGGAAGGGCAAUUUUAGCAUGACCCGUAUCGCGCCCCCGGACAAGUCGCUCUUUCAGACAAAUAAACGCAGCAGCAUCCUGCGAACCGGUUCGUCGCUUCUCUCAACUGCGAGCGAGACGAGCAGUGAGGCGCUGCUAGUUGGCCGGAGCGGAAUACGCAACGGUGCGGUUGGUGGUGACGAAGCGGACGCGGAAAACCGUGUCAUCACACCGUGUGCAGAGCUGGAAGCAACACCCACACGCAGCGUGCUCGACGCGCUUAAGGAAAUCUCGCGAAAGCGCAUUAACAGUGAGGAACUGGACGCGGAUCGGAUCAAGAAGCAGUGCCAGGAGCUAUCUGAGCUUGAUGCGGCUGGUAGUGGGCCACCGUCCUCGACUGCGGCCGUCGCAAUCGGCACGCAUGGGAUCGCUGCAAAAAGGAGCCGAGAGCAAGCGACGGGCAGCAGUCCAUCGUCACCGUCGGAGACAACAACUGGUCCGGGGCUUGGCGGUGUGGCACGGGCACCAAGUUCCGGUGGAGAGCAACAGGCGCAAAAGAAGCGGCUUUGCACGAAAAACAACGACAUCCUCAGCUCACUCAGCUCGAGCACAGUUGGACUCAACACACCUAAACGGUACAUGGUUCCGAGGGUUGAGCGGCGGCUGAAUCUGUACCAAUCGCCAUUGGCAUCGCUGUCUAUGCCUCCCUCUUCCUCGAGCCUCUUCGCUCCGGUUACGCCCGAAAAGUUCCACAGCCGGGUGUCGGGCAAUUCAUCGCCUUUGGAAGGAAGUGACAGUGGUGGAUCGGGCUCGAUCAGCAGCACGGCCGGAGCACCAUCGGCACGUGCGAGUAUAGAGCACACGGAUGCUCCAGUGUUACCACACCGUGUACAACCAAAGAUUACGCUCUUCAACCGGCCUUACGAAAGUACUGCGAACGGACCGACAUCCGGUACAAAUGGCGCGCAGCGGAGUGCCAGUCGCGUAAUUAGCAGCGACGAGGAAGAGGAUGAGCACGGUUCGGUAGCAAGAAAGGUACAUUUCGUUAGGCCGAAAGAGAAAUCGCCCCACGGAAGCGCCAUUCUGUCGGGAUCGGGCUCCGUUGGUUUCAGUUCCUCACGUAAUCCGCUGAAAAAACCGGCCCCGUCUAAGCUCACUGUGAUGUUGAAAUGCCUGAGCGGGGACCUGGACGACUACGAAGAGGAGGAAGAGCCAGUGCAGCCUCAGGUUUCUCGACCUGCCGAGGGUGGUCCGGCGCGUAAUACAUUCACGUUUGGUGGUGCAACCGUAAGCGAUACCGUUGAUGCGGCCAAAAACCCAACGCCUGCAAAUAAUGGCCCCGCGAAGUCGUCAAGCCUUACGAUGCCAACGAACGUGUCGACGACGGUGCCUGCCAGUGCAGCAGCUUCACCCACAGUCACAAGCAACGGAUUGUCGGCGUUGAUCAACAAUCUGAUCAAAGAUGCGGGCCUGGGUAAGAUUGGCCCCGCAGAGUCAUCGCCAAAGGAGCCUCCGACACCGGCGAGUACAACCGAAGUGAAACAAACCGAGGAAGAGAAGAAAACGGUCUCCAAACCGUUGGUUGAACCAGCGAAACAAUCAACGUUCACGUUUGGAGUUGCUAAUGUGGUGCCUGCGGUUGCAACUUCCUCCAGUACGGCCACCACCAGCUUCGAUUUCUCUUCCCCGUUGAAAACGACGAUCUCCUCAUCUACGGCACAGAGUACCACAUCGGCGACGGUGUCCACAACCACAACAACUACAACUACACCGACGACGACGCCAUUCACUUUUGGUAUUCCGGCACAAAAGCCCACCCAAAGCCCGACCAGCAGUCCGCUUUCUGGGCUGGCGGCCUCGAAUUUAAUUUCCUUCUCACCAGCUCCGGUUGCAACGGGCGCCAGUUUAGGAUCCGUGUUUGGUAGCAACACAGGCAAGCUUCCUUCGCCGGUGGUACAAUUUGGAAGUGCGACUACAACGACCACAACGGCUACACCAAGUGCACUGACAUUCUCGUUCACUGGUGUAGCUUCCACAAUAUCCACAACAGCGGCCACAUCCACGGUGGCUACAACGAGCAUCAGUUCGCCCACCUUUGGCGCUGGGUCCGGUUUCGGUGCGUUCAAACUUCCCGCUGCGUUACCGGUUCCGGCCACCACCACAAAUGCGCCAAACAGUAGCAGCAGCAACAGCACAACAACCACGACGACCUCCACGGGCACACGGAUGUUUUCGCUUCAGGCGCCCACAACGACAACAACAAGUGUCGCUUCAACGGCCACGUUUACUUUCGGUGCUGGUGCUGCCGUCAAAGCCACUCCAGCGCCAACCACCGUACCGGUGUUUGGAACCGGAUCGUUACCAUCCGGUGGUACGCCAAAUUCCGCAUCGGCACCGACACCGGCCAGCAGUAACAGCAGUUUCACCUUUGCUACCCCGAAAGCGCCCUCGGCGGGAUCUAUGUUCACGUUCGGAGCAUCAUCCGGUGGAAUCGCCUCCUCGUCGACGACUGUCGCUACUGCUGCUACCUCUUCCAUCACUACAGCUCCAGCGACGACAUUCCCAACGUUCGGGGCACUCGCCAGCAAUGCCAACAGUGGGACGCCACCAACAACGAGCGCUCCGGCAACGGCCACUCCAGCGCAACCGUUCGUUUUUGGCAGUCCAAAACCACCAUCGGACCCCACCACAAAGCCGGGAAAUCUUUUCGCUGCCGCAACCACAACUCCAGCUGCCGCCUCGACCAAUCUCUUCGCAGCGGCGACUCCUACCCAGCAUCCAGGUGGCAUAUUCGGUUCAACGGUCACGGCUGGUAGUGCACCAAGUUCGACCGGUGCCGUCACCGGUGGUCCACCGAAAGAGCCCGCCUCUUUGUUUGGUGGUGCCACUGGAGGGGCCACAUCUAGUCCGUUUACGUUCGGUGCCGCUGCCAAACCAUCACCGGCGGGUACGGCGAACAACGGAACCCUCAGCGCUGGUUCGAUCUUCGGUAGUGCCUCAUCGAUUUCAUCUCAGACAGCACCAUCCGCUCCUUCGUCGACGACGGGUCUGUUCACGUUUGGGUCCACUUUGAGUCCCGCCCCGGGAACAGCGGCCAACGGAUCACAGGGUAGUUUGGCAACAGGAUCGACACCACAACAACCGAACGUAGCCGCACUUCCAGCAGUACAGAAUAUGCCGCGAACGGUUGGUGCCGGUGGUUCUGCGACUACCGGUUCAACCGCCAACACAACGCCGUUCACGUUCGGCGCCGCUGCUGCCAAACCACCGGUCACUCUAAAUACGGGCUCCAUCUUCGGAUCGAUGGCGUCGAACGGUUCCAGCAACACAGCGGUCGUUCCGACGUUCGGUGCAGCUGCCAUGAACGGAGCAUCUCCGGUACCAACCUUUGGCAGUGGUUCGUCCAUCUUCGGCGGUGCAGCGGCAACGACAAAUGCGGCAGGAAACACGGCCACCCCAGGGAACGCACCGCCAACCGGUUCCAUCUUCGGAGCGCAAACUAACGGACCUCAGAAUGUCACCAACAACACGGUGGCGGCACCCUCACCUGGCGGGAUGUUCACUUUCGGUGCAAGCAACACCACCAACAACAGCACACCCGGAACGUUCGGUGGUGCCGGUGGAACCUUCGGAGGUUUCAAUACCACGCCAGCCGGUCCCGGUGGCCUUACGAACGGAAUCGGUGGUACCGCAAACGCGAACAAACCGUUCACUUUCGGAGCGACCAGUGCCGGAUCGAUCGCGCAAGCCACUCCGGCCACUCCUGUCGCACAAUCACCUGGGGGAUUCAAUUUUAGCCUCGGUUCGAACGCCACCAAACCGUUCACCUUUACCGGGGGCAUGAAUGCUAACGCAAGCGGCAACGUGAUGGCCUCACCGUCCAUGUUUGGGUCACCGGCCGGGACCAACCCACCACCCAAUGCGUCACCGUUCACGUUCGGCGGCAGUACCGGUGGCACGAACAAUUCAACCGGAACCAACGCCACGCCAACACCCGGACCCUUCACGUUCGGUGCGAGUCAGGUGGGUGCAGGAGGCGCCCCUUCUACGGGCAUGUCCUCGCCGUUUAACUUUUCCGCUGGAAACGUUGCGGCCGUUGCACCCCAACCACAACAGCAGCCGCAGCAACCUGGAGCGUUUAACUUCAGUGCCGGUGGUCAGCAGCCGUUUGGUGUUCCGAAUCCCGGUGUGCCUGCGUUUGGUGCCGCACCUACUUUCGGCGCACCGGGUGUUGGACCCGCUGGUGUGAUGCCAACGUUUAGCAUUGGAACGAACUCCACACCGAAUGGACCACCGGCUGGUCAGCGGCGGAUAAAGGUGGCCACGAGACGAGUCAAGUGACCGUAAGUUGCUGAUACGCUUCCUUUCGUUGGUCGGUGCGAAAGUUCCCGCAGUACGCGACCAACGGACGAAUGCUGUAGAGCAAGGAGGUGUCAGUGUCGCGUGAAGGACUCGCUCAUCAACGUUUCCAGAAUUCACAUGCAAAAAGUUUGGUUCCUCGCUUCUCCCCCUCCCCCCCUCCCUCUUUCGGUUCUGCCUUCCUAGCCAAAUAUGAAGAUUUUAAUUGUUUUUGUUGGUGUAUUAUUCGUCACAUUCGUGUACCAUUCCC